GUUUUUUCACCUUUUAGGGAGCUUCCGUACUGCGCAUGCUCCGUGUGACACGGUUAGCGUCCCGUUACUAUAGCAACGUGUCAGUGCAACUCCGCAGGACACGGAGAACACGGAGCGGAACUCAGAAUCAAAUCUUCACGCCUGCUUUGAUCUUCAUCCUCUGACAGGAACCAUGUCAUCAUCACCGAGGGUGGGUGUGGUCAGACGCUCGAUGCUGACUGACCCGCUGCUAAUCAAGGCGCCUCUUGGGCGCUCGCGGUCCAAAGGUCUCGCCGCUCCUGGUCCGGACUUCACUUUUGGAACCAGCAGUAACUUGCUGAGGGAUGGAGGCGUAGCCGAAGCUCUUUCCAGCUGGAACGUUCAGCCGCGGCAGGAAGAAUCUGCCACUCAGCUUGCAGACUUUGUGUCACUGAACCGCGAGGCGGUGAAGUCCGGCAUGGUGACGCCCAAAGAGCUGAGUCAGUACCGGGCUCAGAGGGCCCAGAGCUCUGCAUCCGAACUGCGGCAUGGCCGGCUUCCACGACGCCGAGAUCAGGUUCCUGACAUCACGUUUGGAGUCAGAAACAGGCCGUCGUCUCCGAUGUCGGAUGUCCUGUCUCAUCAGUACGUUCAGCGCUGGCUCCAUGAUCAGCUGAGCAAGAAUCAAACCAACAACCUCAAAUGCAAGAUGAAACCAGGGUGUAUUCCUGACACGAGAACCACCCUGCUGAGGAGGAGUAAAUCUCUGCCGGUCAUAGAAACACCACCCAAACCAGCUCGCUUUGCACAGGUCGGUCCGGCUCUCGACACCUUCAGGGACCAGGAGACUCGUGUGCGGGCGUUUGGGGCUCGUCGCUCCAGCUCUCAAACCCAGCGUUCAGUUCUGAGGACCGCCCGUCAUGAAGAACCUGGUGGAAAACGGGCGAAGCCACUCUGAGGAUGUUUUCAGACAAAUGCAAAUAAAAGAUGAAAAGUUCUCACAGCAAGACGACUUAAAGUUUCCUCCAAACAACACGUGGUCAGAGAGGAGUCCCCCAGGGCUCUGUACUGGGACCCGUUCUGUUCUCCUUAGAAGUAAAUGCUGAUGAUACUUUUCUGUUACCAGAUAACUUGAAUAAAAUGUUGAGCUGUUUCUGCUGAUUGUCAAACCCAGAAUCGUUUCACAGAGCUGAGGUAAAACCCUCGAUCUGUCACGGUCUGUGUUGGCAGACCGUGGGGAGGUGGGGAAACAGGACCCAAACGCCGGACUCUUCAGUGCAACAGUGUUUAUUUACAGAGUGGUGAAGUACGAAACAAUAAAUUCCCCAGUUUCCCAGA